GGUCGACGUCUCAUUCCCGUCUUCCGUCCCAUGGAGAGUGGUUGUGUCUUAGGGGCGCGGCGGUGGAGGCGCUGAGCUUGGGAUUCCCGAGCUGACGUGGCUGAGGUCGAGCGGGGGGCGGCCGGCUUCGCCGGUGGCUGUCACCCCCAGAGAUGCUGAGCCGAUUAUCAGGAUUAGCAAAUAUUGUUAUACAUGAAUUAUCAGGAAAUAAUUAUGGCCAGAACAUGACAGCUCCCUUAGAAGCUGCAUCUGACAUGGAGUUGGAUAAUAGCAUACAAGAGGAUAUUCUACAACGACUGGCUGAUUCAGAGAAGUUAGUGGUGGAGUUAAAGGACAUCAUUAAACAGAAGGACGUUCAACUCCAGCAGAAGGAUGAAGUUCUGCAGGAGGAACGGAAAGCUGCUGACAUCAAAAUUAAAAAAAUAAAACUUCAUGCAAAAGCCAAGUUCACUGCUUUGAACAAGCAUGUGGAAGAAUUGAAGGCACAAGGAGGGACUGCAUCGCCUACAGAACAGCAGGCAGAGGAGCAGCCCUCCAAGUUGGAUAAGAGUUCUGCAGAGAUGGAGGAGUUCGUCCUGAUGAAGCAGCAGCUUCAAGAAAAGGAAGAACUCAUUAACACUCUGCAAACCCAGCUCAGCCAGACACAGGCAGAGCAGGCUGCACAGUUGGAUAAGAGAUCUGCAGAGAUGGAGGAGUUCGUCCUGAUGAAGCAGCAGCUUCAAGAAAAGGAAGAACUCAUUAAAACUCUGCAAACCCAGCUCAGCCAGACACAGGCAGAGCAGGCUGCACAGUUGGAUAAGAGUUCUGCAGAGAUGGAGAAGUUCGUCCUGAUGCUUCAAGAAAAGAAAGAACUCAUUAACACUCUGCAAACCCAGCUCAGCCAGACACAGGCAGAGCAGGCUGCACAGUUGGAUAAGAGUUCUGCAGAGAUGGAGAAGUUCGUCCUGAUGAUUCAAGAAAAGGAAGAACUCAUUAACACUCUGCAAACCCAGCUCAGCCAUACACAGGCAGAGCAGGCUGCACAGUUGAGUUCCAUGCAGCAGGUGGUCCGAGAGAAAGAUGCCCGCUUUGAAACACAGGUUCGUCUCCACGAAGAUGAGCUUCUUCAGUUAGUAACUCAGUCAGAUGUGGAAACAGAGAUGCAACAGAAAUUGAGAGUGAUGCAAAGGAAGCUCGAGGAACAUGAGGAAGCCUUGUUGGGCCGGGCUCAGGUUGUGGAAUUGUUGCAGCAGGAGCUGACUUUGGCCGAACAGAAAAACGAGGCACUUUCACAUCAAUUGCUGCAGUUGGAAGCUGAAAAUGGUACUUUAAAGAAUACCAUAGAAACAGAGAGACAAGAAUCCAAGAUUCUGAUGGAAAAGGUAGAACUUGAAGUGGCAGAGAGAAAAUUAUCCUUCCAUAACCAGCAGGAAGAGAUGCAUCAGCUUCAGGGAAAGUUGGAGCAAGCGAGCCAAGCCCAAGCUGAGCUGGAGACUCAGUAUAGCGCUCUUGAGCAGAGACAUCGAGCAGAGAUGGAAGAGAAGGAUGCUUAUAUUCUGAGUCUCCAGAAGACUGAACAAGAGCUGCAGUCUGCCUGUGAUGCCCUGAAGGAGGAAAACUCGGAGCUUCUCCGAGAGAAGAGUGAACAGGCUGCCGAGUCAGCCCGGGCUAUUGAGCAGCUGGAAGAUCAACUCCAGCAAAAAUCUAAAGAAAUUAGACAAUUUGUAGACAUACCAAACUUGCAAAAACAUGAAACAGCAUCUCAGACUUCUUUACCAGAUGUUUAUAAUGAGGGCACACAGGCAGUCACUGAGGAGAAUAUCACCUCUUUGCAGAAGAGAGUGAUGGAGCUAGAGGAUGAAAAGAGAGCCCUGCUCCUUUGUACUGUAGAGUUGGAGGAGCUAAAAGCUGAGAAUGAAAAACUGUCUUCUCAAAUUACCCUUCUGGAGACUAAGAAUAGAUCAGGGGAGACUGAUGGUGCAGUCUGUGAGGUCCCUGAUGUUACUCAGUUUAGCAAGAGUGAUUCUUUGACCAAAGAAAGUGGACAAGAUGACCCAGAGAACACAUUUUCUCAGAAACAUAAAGAACUGUCAGUUUUAUUAGUGGAAAUGACUGAAGCUCAAGAGGAAAUUGCAUUUCUUAAGUCACAGCUGCAGGGCAAGAGGUCUGACGGGAACUCUGAGGUCCUUGACCAGAAAGAAGUGAAGGUGUUGGAGAGUGAAGGGCCGCUUUCAGUAACAGCAGGAGAUAGCCCCUUCAUGCUCAAUGAAGAGAGCAAUGUUCCAGCAGCUGAAAAAGAGGAACAGGAUAGCACUAAAGGCCAGCCUCCACCAUCUGAGGCAGGGUCUCCAAAUGAGGCUGCAGUGGAUUUGAAAUCCUCCUCUGUACCAGAUGCUUGCCAGUGUCACCAGAGUGAAUUGGAAAGUCUGAAAACUCAAAUUUUCAAGCUUGAGACAAGCCUUCAUAAGGCAGAAGAAAUUCAUGAGAAAAAUUUAGAUGAGAAAGAUAAGGAAAUUAGCAGCUUAACCGAGCUUAUUGACGAACUUAAGAAGAAGGCGGAGGAUGCCCACAGCACGCUCACUGUUUUGUCUGAGGAGCGAGACCAGCUUCUUUCUCGGAUAAAAGAGCUUGAUGUCUUGGCCGAGCUGAGGGCUCAGGUCCAAGAGCUGCAAAGCAGCCUUGCGGAAGCAGAAAAGCAAAGAGGUCUGGACUACGAGAGCCAGAAAACUCAGCACAACCUGCUCACAGAACAGAUCCACAGCCUAAGCAUAGAAGCCAAAUCAAAGGACGUGAAGAUUGAAGCUUUACAGAAAGAACUUGAUGAUGUGCAAAUACAAUGUUCUCAACAGGAUACUCAGAUAAAAAGCCUGCAAAGCCAGCUGCAGAAGAAGGAGAGUGAGGUGAUAGAGAGGGCAGAACAUGUGAAGAACAUCUCAGAAAAGGUGGAAGAGCUUUCACAGGCUCUAUCACAGAAGGAACUAGAAGUAGCCAGAAUGGACCAACUCUUAGUAGAGAAAAAGAAAGAUGUGGAGACCCUCCAGCAAACCAUCCAGGAGAAGGAUCAGCAGGUAACUGAACUCAGUUUCAGUAUGACAGAGAAAAUGGUUCAGCUUAAUGAAGAGAAGUUCUCUCUUGGGGUUGAGAUUAAGACUCUGAAGGAGCAGCUCAAUGUAUUGUCCAGAGCUGAAGAAGCUAAAAAAGAGCAGGUAGAAGAAAGUCAUGGAGUCAUUUCUAAUCAUAGCCACGAUGAGUCCAGCCCGGUGGGGCUGCUGAGUAAAGAGGCGCUUCAGCAGGAACUGGAGCUUCUGAGGAAAGAGAGCGAGCUGAGGAAGAGGAAGCUGCAUGCAGCGCUUAUUCACCGAAAGGAGCUCCUACAAAAAGUCGGUACUCUGGAGGAGGAGUUAGCCAAGGCGAAAGAGGAAUGUAGGAAAGAGAUUGCACACGGGGAGAGUGAGAAGAGAAAGUUGGAACCAUAUAGAGAGAACAAAGAUGACCCAGAAAAAUGUGAAACUUCUAAGUGUCGAGAAAUAGAAGUUUCUUUAAAACAAACAAUAUCUGAAAAAGAAGUGGAGCUCCAGCACAUAAAGAGAGAUUUGAAAGAAAGGAUGGCAGCCGAAGAAGAAUUACAGGCUGUGGUCCAACAGAUGAAUCAGAACUUGCAAGAUAAGACAAAGCAAAUAGAUUUGCUUCAAGUGGAGAUCAGUGAAAAUCAAGCAACUAUUCAGAAAUUAACCACAGGCGCCAAGGAUGCUGGAGAUUCAGCUGCACCUGUGAAAGAAACACACGUGAGCAGCCCGCCCAGUGCAGGCAGUGGGGAACACUGGACAGCAGACCUGGAGGGAAAGACAUCAGACCUUGAAAAAGAAAAGGAGCAACUUCAAAAGAAGCUUCAAGAAGCCUUAACUUCCCGCAAGGUGAUUCUGAAAAAGGCACAAGAGAGAGAGAAACAUCUAAAGGAAGAGCUUGGGAAACAAAAGGAUGCUUAUAGUCUCCUUCAGGAGCAAUUUGACAAACAGAGUAAGGAAAUUGAAAACAUGGGAAACCAGCUGAGGCAACUCCAGAUUGAAGCGAGGGAGUCUUCAGACAGUAAACUCCCAGGCACUAACCAGUGGGAACCUGGUCUUCCCAUUCAAGGAUUCGAAGAGGUUUCACUCGAGGACACAGAACAGCAGCCUGCCCAACCUGCUGCAGAGUUUGACUUACACAUAACUCAGCCCUCUUGUCCUGGAGAUGCAGAAGCUCUCCAGGCUACUGUUUCUGUUGCCCAGAUUAAGGCCCAGUUAAUAGAAAUGGAGGUAGAGAAAGAAGAGCUGGAAUUGAAAGUUAGUUCUACAGCAAGUGAGCUGACUAAGAAAUCAGAAGAAGUAUUUCUGUUACAAGAACAGAUCAGUAAACAAGGUUUAGAAAUCCAGACUUGGAAGACUGCAUCCCAUGAAGCUGAGGCCCACGCCGAAAUCCUGCAGCAUGAACUGGAAAGCAGCAAACUAAAACUUGCUGGCCUGGAACAUCUGAAAACAUUACAGCAUGAACUAGAUGAACUGCAGAAGCACAUGGCCCAGAAGGAAGAAGAGGUCAGCUACCUUUCUGGGCAGCUUAGUGAGAAAGAAGAGACCCUCACAAAAGUCCAGGCAGAGAUGCUGGAGCAGGAGCAUUUAAUCAAGGCUCUGCAUACACAGAUGGACAUGCAUGCCAAGGAUUAUGAGGAGAGGCUAAAGCAGUCCCAGCUAGAACUUUGUCAGCUGAAGCAGAAGUCGGAGCAGGUUGAGGACGAAACUAAAGCAAAGCAACAAAUACACAGGAAACUGCAGGCUGCCCUCAUCUCCCGAAAGGAGGCUCUGAAAGAAAACAAGACUCUGCAAGAGGAGUUGUCUUCAGCCAGAGAUGCCGUUGAACACCUGACCAAGUCUCUGGCAGAUGUGGAAAGCCAGAUUUCUGUUCAAAAUAAAGAGAAAGAUGCAUUCCUAAGGAAGCUAGCCCUUCUUCAGGAAGAAAGAGACAAACUCAUUGUAGAAGUGGACAGGUCUUUACUGGAAAAUCAGAGCCUUGGUGGCUCUUGUGAAAGCCUGAAACUAGCUCUGGAGGGUCUUACCGAAGAUAAAGAAAAGCUGAUGAAAGAACUUGAGUCUUUGAGAUGUUCUAAGAUGGCUGAGAUCACCGAAUGGCAAGAGAAGCACAAGGAGCUGCAGAAGGAGUAUGAAGUUCUUCUGCAGUCCUAUGAGAAUGUGAGCAAUGAAGCAGAAAGAAUUCAACAUGUGGUGGAAAGCGUCAGGCAAGAGAAACAAGAAUUAUAUGGAAAGUUACGAAGCAUUGAGACAGACAAGAAGGAGACGGAAAAGCAGCUGCAGGAUGCAGAACACGAAAUGGAAGAGAUGAAAGAAAAGAUGAGAAAGUUUGCUAAAUCUAAACAACAGAAGAUCCUUGAGCUGGAGGAAGAAAACGAUCGGCUUAGAGCAGAGGCCCAGCCUAUAGGAGGAGCCAAAGAAAGCAUGGAAGCUCUUCUUUCUUCCAAUUCCAGCUUGAAGGAGGAACUAGAAAGGGUCAAACUGGAGUAUAAAACCCUUUCUAAGGAGUUUGAGGCUUUAAUGGCAGAGAAAGACAUUCUGAGUGAAGAGAUUCAAGGUCUGAAGCAUCAGGUAGAAGACGGUAUACUGAAACAAGCUAGCCUAGAGGCCACUGAGAAGUCCAAUGAACAAAAAGAGGAAACACAAGCCAUGGUGGGCAAGUCUCAAGAGCAAGAUUCCCAGAGCGGGAGCGUUAAAGUUGAAGUACCGGAAGGUAUUCUGUCAGUGACCAGUGCCAAGCCUGGCAUUAGUGAGACUUUCCGCUCCCACGAUGACAUCAAUAACUACCUACAGCAGCUUGAUCAGCUCAAUGGAAGAAUUGCUGAGUUAGAGAUGGAGAAACAGUGUGAUAGGGAACUUAAUCGGACAUUAGAAAAUGAGAAAAAUGCCCUCCUGAGUCAAAUAUCAGCAAAGGAUGGUGAAUUAAAACUACUUGAGGAAGAAGUUGCCAAAAUAAACACAUUAAAUCAGCAAAUCCAAGAAGAACUUUCCAGAGUUACGAAGCUAAAAGAGAUGGCAGAGGAGGAAAAGGAUGAUUUAGAAGAGAGGCUUAUGAAUCAGCUGGCAGAACUUAAUGGGAGCAUUGGGAAUUAUUAUCAGGAUGUUACAGAUGCUCAAAUAAAAAAUGAGCAACUAGAAUCUGAAAUGCAGAACCUUAAAAAGUGCAUGAGUGAAUUAGAAGAAGAAAAGCAGCAGCUGGUCAAGGAAAAAACAAAGGUGGAGACAGAAAUCCGAAAAGAGUAUUUAGAGAAGAUACAAGGUGCCCAGAAAGGAGCUGGCAACAAAAGCCAUGCAAAGGAGCUGCAGGAGCUGUUGAAAGAAAAACAGCAAGAGGUAAAGCAGCUGCAGAAGGACUGUAUCAGGUACCAGGAGAAGAUCAGUGCUCUGGAGAAGACCGUUAAGGCUCUAGAGUAUGUCCAGACUGAAUCCCAAAAGGAUUUGGACGUGACCAAAGGAAAUCUGGCACAGGCAGUUGAACACCACAAACAGGCCCAAGAGGAAUUAUCUAGCUUCAAAGUACUGCUAGAUGACACCCAAAGUGAAGCUGCGAGAGUGCUAGCAGACAACCUCAGAUUGAAAAAGGAACUUCAGUCAAACAAAGAAGCCAUCAAAAACCAGAUGAAACAAAAAGAUGAAGAUCUGGUGCGAAGAUUGGAGCAAGCAGAAGAAAAAUUCCUAAAAGAGAAAAUCAACAUGCAAGAGAAACUGGAUGCUUUGCAUGGAGAAAAGACCCGUGUGGAAGACACACUUGCAGAGAUCCAGGUCACUGUAGCCAAGAAAGACAAAGAAAUGAAGCAGCUGCAGGAAAGCCUGGACAGCACCAUGGCCCAGCUUGCAGCCUUCACUAAGAGCAUGUCGUCCCUCCAGGAUGACCGUGACAGGGUCAUCGAUGAAGCCAAGAAAUGGGAGCAGAAGUUUGGUGAUGCUAUUCAAACCAAAGAAAAGGAGAUCAGACUAAAAGAGGAGAAUUGCAUGGCUCUAAAGGAUCAGCUUCAUCAAAUGAGCAUCCAUACAGAGGAACUGAAGACCAAUAUCUCCAGGCUUGAACAUGACAAGGAAAUUUGGGGGUCCAAGGCCCAGACAGAGCUCCAACAUCAACAGAAAGUUUGUGAUACCCUGCAGGGGGAAAACAAAGAACUUGUGUCCCAGCUAGAAGAGACUCGACAACUAUACCACAAUUCUAUGAAUGAAGUAGCUAAGUUGGAAUCAGAACUUAAGGAUCUCAAAGACCAGUCAAGUGACUUAAAUAACUCUUUAGAAAAAUGUAAAGACCAUAAAGAAAAAUUGGAAGGGAUCAUAAAGCAGCAAGAAGCUGAAAUCCAAAAUUGUAAGUUCAGUUAUGAACAACUCGAGACUGACCUAAAGGCCUCUAGAGAGCUGACUGGUAGAUUGCAUGAUGAAAUCCACAUGAAGGAACAGAAGAUUGUAAGCCUGCUUUCAGGCAAGGAGGAGGCAGUACAGGUAGCUGUCGCUGAGCUGUGCCAACAACACAAUAAGGAAAUUAAAGAAUUAGAACAUCUGUUGUCUCAGGAGGAAGAGGAGAAUGCCACCUUAGAAGAAGACAACAAAAAGGCUGUUGAGAAAACCAAUCAGCUCAUGGAAACAUUGGAAAAUAUCAGGAAAGAGAACCUUGAGCAGAAAGCCCAGCUGAAUUCCUUUUUUAAAUCCAUGGCCUCGCUCCAGGAUGACCGAGACCGCAUAAUAAGUGACUAUCAGCAGCUGGAAGACCGACAUCUCUCUGUGAUCUUGGAAAAAGACCAACUCAUCCAAGAAGCUGCUGCUGAGAAUAAUAAACUGAAGGAAGAAAUUCGAGGGUUGAGAAGUCAUAUGGAUGACCUCAAUUCUGAGAAUGCCAAGCUAGAUGCCGAACUGAUCCAGUACAGGCAAGACCUGAACGAAGUGAUAGUCAUAAAGGACUGUCAGCAAAAGCAACUUCUUGAUGUGCAACUACUGAAAAAUAAGGAGUUGAAAAAUGAAUGUGCUAAACUAGAAGAGAAGCUGAAGGGGUCGGAGGAAGCGAGGCAAAGCCUGCAGAGGUCCUCUGAUGCCCUCCAAGGGGACAAACAGUGUUUGUCUACAGAGCUUGAGAGCUUGAAGAGACAAGUGGCAGCCCUGCAGGAAGAAGGUACCCUAGGUGCCCAACUGAAAGACAAAGAGGAGGAGGUUCAGAGGUUAAAUGCAGCGCUCUCCUCUUCCCAGAAGAGAGCUGCAGAACUGGAAGAGGAGUUGGUGUGUGUUCAGAAAGAAGCUACCAGGAAGGUCAGUGAAAUCGAGGACAAGCUGAAGAAGGAACUAAAGCAUCUCCACCAUGAUGCAGGGAUAAUGCGAAAUGAGACAGAAACAGCAGAAGAGAGGGUGGCAGAGCUCGCCAGAGACCUGGUCGAGAUGGAGCAGAAGCUACUCAUGGUAACCAAAGAGAACAAAGAUCUUAUGGCACAGAUCCAGUCUUUUGGAAGGUCCAUGAGUUCCUUGCAGGACAGCAGAGAUCAUGCCACUGAGGAGCUUGGUGACCUGAAGAAGAAGUAUGAGGCCGUUCUGAAGGAGCUGACCCAGCUGAAAGAGCACAAGGAGUUAAGGAGAGAGAGUGACGUUCUUUCCCAGGCUGCUUUUCCCCUAACCACCACUGAGAACAGCUUGUCCCACCUUGAGAAACUUAACCAGCAGCUCAUAUCCAAAGAUGAGCAAUUGCUUCACCUAUCUUCGCAACUAGAAGAUUGUCACAACAAAGUGCAGUCCUUUUCCAAGGCCAUGACCAGUUUACAGACUGAGAGAGAUCACCUGUGGAGUGAGCUGGAGAAAUUCCGGAAGUUGGAGGAAGGGAAGCAGAGGGCUGCAGCCCCUUCAUCUCCCUCCAGCCCAGCUGAGAUGCAGAGCUUGAAGAAAGCUAUGUCUUCUCUCCAGAAUGACAGAGAUCGAUUACUGAAGGAACUGAAGAAUCUGCAGCAGCAGUACUUACAGAUGAAUCAAGAAGUCACCAACUUACGUCCACUGAAGGCUCAACUUCAGGAGUAUCAAGAGCAGACAAAAACCCUACAGAUGAUGAAGGAGAAACUUAGGCAGGAAAACCUCAACUGGCAGCAAGAGCUGCAUCAGCUCAGAAUGGAGAAGGAUGCCUGGGAACUUCAUGAGAGGCAGAUGAAGGAGCAGUACAUUAUGGCCAUCUCAGAUAAAGAUCAGCAGCUCAAUCAUCUGCAGAGUCUCCUGAGGGCUUCCUCCCAAACUGAGAUUCUCUCCACACAGAGCCAAAGACAGGUAUCCUUGGAGACAUCAGCUUCCCUCGAUGGGUCACAAAACCUCAUUCAUGAGGCAGAAACUCUCAGGACUCAGCUCAAUGACACCUUAAAGGAAAAUCACCAGAAGGAACUAAGAAUUCAGCAGCUGAACAUGAGGCUCUCUCAGCUGCUCGAGGAAAAGAAUAUCCUCUCCAUCCAGCUCAGUGAUGCCAACCAGAGUCUCCGUGAAAACCAGCACCACUAUGGUGACCUCUUCAGGCACUGUGCAGUCCUGGAGAGGCAGGUGCACCAACUGCAGGCUAGGGGGCCAACAAAUGUAGAUGUUGCUCCAGGAGCGCCCCAGGAAAUGAGUGAAGUUUGCAGAAAUAGUGAUCCUGAGGCCACAGUGGAGCCACAGCCAAGUUUGGCUGAAGUCUGCAGUGCUCAACAAGAACUGGGUGAGUUAAAGAAGCUGCUGGAAGAAGAACGAGACCAAAGACUGACUGCUGAGAAUGCACUCUCCCUGGCCGAGGAGCAGAUCAGACGGUUGCAAGAGCAUAGUGAAUGGGAUUCAGCCCGGACUCCUAUCAUUGACGCCUGUGGCUCUCAUGAGACUGCAGUGUUAAUAGAUCUCCCAGGCAGCACCUGUCGAAGGACCCGGAGUGGUGCUGGAUGGAAGCGGGUUCUGCGUUCACUCUGCCAUUCCCGGACCCGAGUGCCACUGCUUGCAGCCAUGUACCUGCUGAUGGUCCAUGUCCUCCUCAUCCUGUGUUUCACAGGCCAUCUAUAAACUUGUCACUUGACCACAACUCUCAGAACUUUUAAUUAUUCCAUCUAUAAUGACAGAAUUGCCAGUUCCAGAACAGCCUUCCCACUUUCAACCCAUCUCACAUCUCAUUGGAAAGUUCCUGUAACGACAGAGGUGGCUAUGAAGACAGGUUGGAGCUGCAAGACCUGGUACAUCCUAUUUUCUGGAUGUGCCUCUAACAGGGUCCUGAGUGCCUAGGGGCUAACAGGAACAUGAAAACCUCUAGCCUCAAGAACUACUGAGCAGCCGCACUAUUGUGCGGGGGUAAGUUAUUCUGUCUUCAACGCCAUUGUCACCUGCCUCUGGGAACAGGGCUGAGGCUGAAAGAGAAGGCAAAACACCUGAAUCCAGACCUGAGAGCAGUGGUCAUGAGUGGCUCCCACUGUGCCUGUCCUCAUCACCUAAUGAAGAAACGAUUGGUGGGCUCACUAAUCAGCCUUUUGUUCUGUGAUGAUUAAAUUUUAGUCACAAUAUCCCAAGGACUUUCCUCAACUACUGUAAAAUAAUAAAGUUAUUUUCAGAAUGAAGAA